GUCCCCUCCCAGGCCAGGACCCUCCGCUCCCUCCCCCAGCAGCCAAGGGGGAUCUGAUCCAGGGCAUCAAUUCCAUUUGUGGGAAUUUGAGGGAAUUUGAGGGAUUUUUUCCAUGUUUGGUUCCCCUCCCCUGCUGUGCCUGAGGCAGGGACAGGCCCUGAGUGGGGCUGUGGGGAUGUCCCCAAGCUGUGGCAGGGCCUUGUCCCCCCCUGUCACCUCCAGGGCGUCUGAGGAGCCUCCCAGUGCGGAAUUCCUCGGUUUUCUGUGGGGUUUGCAGGGCAGGAAGGGCCGGAGCAGAGCUGGGGUGGCCGUGGGGGGAUUAAACUGAAUUUCCCAGGGCUGGCGUUGAGCUGGGUGGCUCCAGCUGCCUCUGGGGGCUGUGACACCGAGGCGGUGGCGGUGGCAGCUCUGCUGUGAUGGCCAGCAAGGGACUGGGGGACCUGGGGGUGCCUGGCUGGGGCCAGUGGUUUUUGGGGCCAGUGGUUUUUGGGGCCAUGUGAAGCAGACUGUGAUGGUUUGAUGUGCCGGAGGCCAAUGGCUCUAAGAGAGAAGCGUUGGACGCCCUGAUUGAGUUAAAAAAGGGAAUUUUUGGGAAGAAGAGCCCUUUCCAGGUCUGUCCCCCGCUCUGGGCAGGGUUUUUGGGAGCAGCGCUGGAUUUCCGUCCUCAUCCUGACCCCACAUUGAGUUAAAAAUGGAUUUUUUGGGAGGAAGAGACUGCUCCGGGUCUGCCCCCAGCUCCGGGCAGGGUUUUUAGGAACAACGCUGGAUUUCCAUCCUCAUCCCGACCCCAUGGAGCCGCAGUGGGCGCUCCGGAGCUGCGGGAGAGCCCUGAAAGGGUUAAGGGGCGCCGGAGCCGCAGGGAUCCCACCCCGAGCCGGGAUCCCGCGGUGCUGAUUGAGCUCCGGGCCCAUCAAAGGCUGCGCUCGGCCCCAGCCCCGGCGCUGCCCGCUCUUUGUGCGCACGGCGGGGAUGUCCAUGCGGAUGUCGAUGUCCAUGCGGAUGUCGAUGUCCAUGAGGAUGUCCAUGAGGAUGUCGAUGUCCGUGCGGAUCUGGAUGUGGCUGUGGCUCCUCCGCAGCCCGGCCUGGGCCCUGCUCAGCCCCGCUCUGCCCUCGCAGCCGCUCUCCCAGGACCAUUCCCCGCUGCGCUCGCUGGGGCUCAGCGCCAGGCCCAGCCCCAGGAGCCCCGCGCCGGUGCCGCCGCUGCUCUGGAGCAUCUUCCACAGGCGGAGCGCCCGGCCCCGGCCGCAGGCAGCGCCCGAGCCCUGCACGGUGGAGGAGCUCAACGUGCCCGGGAACAUCGUGCGAGUGCUCGCCGACCAAGGCCGCCUCCUGCCCGCGGGGCAGCCCCAGCCCCGGCUGUGCCUGCGGCGGCUCCUGCUCUUCAACCUCUCGGCGCUGGAGGAGGGCGAGCGCCCGACGCUGGCGCAGCUGGAGCUGCGCUUCCAGCACAGCUCGUACCACGGCCCGAGCCCGGGGCGGGUGCUGGAGCUGCGGCUGUCCCGGGGGUCCCCGCGGGGUUCGCCGCAGCCCGGCCGGGCCCCGCUGCUGGAGCGCUCGCUGGUGCAGCUGCGCCGAUCGCUGCAGUUCGGGCUGGGCGCGGCGCUGCGGGGCCGGGCCGGGCCGGGCCGGGAUCACCUGGCGCUGGUGCUGGAGCUGUCGGUGAGCGGCGGCCCCGGCGGCCCGCGGAGCCCCUGCGGCAGCUCCGCCGCCUUCGCGGGCGCCUCGCUGCUGCUGGUGACGCUGGGCCCGCAGUGCCGCGCCGCCCGCGGCCGGAGGAGCGCCCCGAGCCCCGCCGCGUCCCCCAGCCCCCUGUGCAAGCCCCGCCGGCUCUACAUCAGCUUCAGCGACGUGGGCUGGGAGAACUGGAUCAUCGCCCCGCAGGGCUACCUGGCCAACUACUGCGGCGGGGAGUGCCCGUUCCCGCUGGCGGCCGAGCUCAACAGCACCAACCACGCCGUGCUGCAGACCAUGGUGCACUCGCUGGACCCGCGGGGCACGCCCCAGCCCUGCUGCGUGCCCGUGCGCCUCUCCCCCAUCUCCAUCCUCUACUACGACAACAGCGACAACGUGGUGCUGCGCCACUACGAGGACAUGGUGGUGGACGAGUGCGGCUGCAGGUAGCGGGGAGCGAGCGGGAACGAUGGACGAACGGGGGAAAUUCCUUUGCAUUCCCGCUGGGAAAUCCUCGCUGCGCUCGGGGGCUGUGCCGGGGUCGGGCUGGCGCUAAGGGCGGUGCUGGAGUAGGAUUAGUUGGGAUGGGGGUGUGGGGUUAUGACCAAACUCGGUGCUGGGUCCCUUCUCCUCAGGGGAUGCUGGCACUGGGCUGUGAAUCCCAAAUUUCCCCCUUUGGUUGUGCCAGGCACCCCCAGGGCUGCAGGUUUUUGGUGUUUUGGCUGUGAAUCCCAAAUUUCCCCCUUUGUUCGUGCCAGGCACCCCCAGGGCUGCAGGUUUUUGGGGUUUUUGGCUGAACUCUGCAGAUUUCUCAGGGCAUAAAUGAUUUUUCUGGGUGAAUCGGGGCUGGGGUUGCCUGGGGUGCGGUCCAGCUGCAGGGACAGGGAUGGGGUGAGCAAAUCCCUUCCCAGGGGAGGCAGAGCCGGGCAGGAGCUUUCUCUGUGCUGUGGGAGCUGCUCUCAGAGCGUGGUUGGUGAUGGGCUGGUUUGGGAACAGGGCUUGUGCUGGGUAGCCAAAUGCAGUGGAGGUUUUGCCUAAAAAUGAAGGUUUUCCCUAAAAAUAUGGAGAUUUUACCUAAAAAAAUGAGAUUUUACCCAAGAAAUCCGCUGGGAUUUCAGUGGCUCUCUCCCCUCGCAGCCCGCCUGGGUCAGUAUUAAUUUACCUCAUUAGCAAAUCCAUGAGCCCGGGCUGUCCCCAGUGUCCCCAGGUGGCAGCCGAGCCUCAGGCAAGGGCAGGGCUCAGAGCUCUGCACAUUUUUGCUGUUCCGGGUUGGUUUUGGUGCAUUUGUUGGGUUUUGUGCCGCGUGGCAGCCCCAGCCCCUCUGUGGUGUCCCCGAGGGGCACCAGGGACCCCAAUUUGGGCCAUUCCCAUCCCUGAGCUUUGAAGUGGAAACCACCAGAGCGAGGAUUUGGGGAUUUUGGGGCAAUGGAAUCCCAGUUAGACUUGAAUUUUUUUCUCUUUAUUUUGAACUGUGAAGCCGUAGCGCAGCUUUGGGGUUUUUCUUUUGCUGCUUUCUCCUUGAGCUCUGAUGGUUUUCCCACCUCCUCCCCCAGGGGAAGCACUGAGGGUUUAACCACUGGGGGGGCCUUGGGAUGGGUUUUUUGUUAUUUUGACACCCAAAAUGUGGAGCCUUGGGAUGGGUUUUUUUUUGUUUUCACACCCAAAAUGUGGAGCCUUGGGAUGGGCUUUUUUUGUUGUUGUUUUCACACCCAAACCGUGGAGCUGAAGAGCCAGCCUGGAGCAGCUUGAGCUGAAUUCCCAUUCCCAAUCCUGCCGUUUCCCACCCUGCCCUGCUCUGCUCCAUUUCAGUGUUUUAAGGGCUUAACUCCAGCCAGCAGGAGCCAUUCAAUUCUGAGUUUAGAUGGGCAGAAGAAGAAAACCUCGCAGUGUUGCCGGGUUUGUGCCACCCUGGGGGGAGCGAGAGCCCCUUGGAGCCCCCAGCCCCAGCCCGGCAGGGCAAAGCCAUUCCUGUGUUUGCUGCAGGGCAGGGGGAGCUCCCCCCACGCCCUGGGGCUGGAGGAGAUGGGGGCCCUUCCCAGUAUUCCCAGUAUUCCCAGUUCUCCCAGUCGAGUCGCUCACCCCCUCUGCUAUGCACACCCCCCCACUUUUGUACUAGUCUUGUGUUUAAAAGAAGUAAUAAACUUGAAGUUUAUACAAUCAGACUAAAGCUUUAAUGAACGUUGCAUGGUUUCCUCAUUGAAACUUAGGGGCCACCUUGAAUGCAAGAGCUGUUUAUUCUUUUUUUGUUGUUUUUUUUUUUAAUUGAUGACAAACAGGUUUUAAAACAAAACUGAGACAAAAAAAAUUAAUUAAUUAAAAAAAAAAAAAAAAAGAAAAUAGUUUUAACACCGUGCUAGCACUGAUGUCUGGAUUUGGAAAACUCAAAAAGAGUUUGAACUGCUACAAAGGAAAAAACCAGCACGAAGCAGAGGCAAGCAUUCCCAGCAGUGAAAUAAAGGGUGAGGGCAGAGGAGGGGGCUACAAUACUCAUGGAAAGCUUUGCACAGAGGGGUUCAGCUUAAACCUACCCGAAAAUCUACGCCACUACGCUGCCUACCAAGGAAAAAAAAUUAAAAAGCCCUUCGGCAAUGUUAAUAAAUAAAACAAGUCCAUCUCACGAGGAAGGAA